AUGCAUGCAGACCCAGCAGCUAGCAACACCACUUCCAAUCCCACAGAACCAACCAACAUGGACCCACUGGCAGGAGAAACAACAGAUGGUAGAAAUACAGCAGUUCAGGGUGGUGCAAACUUGGGCUCAAAUACUGGAACUUUGAGAAGGCCUGAGUCCUUGAUAGGAGCAUUGAUGUACACCUCCGGCAUCAGCUCGUGGUCUGCAUUGGACCAAUUAUUUCACCAGAAUCCAUCUCGCUGGGAGGAACACAAAAAAUGGACAUUCAAGCGGAACGGCUACUUAUGCACACUCGCAGUAUUCAAUGUUAUCCUCGCCCCCGCCUUCCUUGCCACUAGUGAUCUGCCUGUUUCCAAGUGGUCGGGAGACCAUUUAACCCAUGCACUCGCAUUCACCCUCUUGUUUUCUUUACAAACCGGCCUAUAUAUUGGAAUAUACUACGUAUUCAAUUACGAGCAGGGACAAGAUGCCACCCACCAUGUUUGGUACUUAUGGGUGCACUCACUACCAUUGCUCGCCGCAGUUGGGUCAAUGAUAUCAUUGACAACUUCAGUAGUGAUGGCUUUCUGGCUUCAUUACAACACUGCUGGACUUGCGUUUCGGGUUCUUUUCACGGUUGUUGCACUCGUACCCAUGUUUCUUAUCAUAUUCAUGAUUGUUGCACUCGUACCCAUGUUUCUUAUCAUAUUCAUGAUUGUUCACUACUACUUCAGACACAAUUGA